AUGAAGUGGUCUAAUGCCACGCCGAUUAGAUGUCACACUGACAAAGGUUACGCUUGCUGCUUUUGUGAUCAACAGUUCCUAGAUCCGGCAGACUUGAAGGACCAUACGACACAGAUCCAUAGAGGAAACACGGCGAUCACCAAAAAAUCUGACCUGACCGGGUACCACGUCAAACUCGAUAUAACAGGCUUGCGAUGCGCGUGCGCCGAAUAUUUUGACACCUUGGAAGCGUUUAUCGAGCACCUAUUGACGGAGCAUAAAGUCAAGUAUUACACGAGGAUAAAGAACCACAUCGUUCCAUUCAAAUUUGACACGGAGGAGCUCAGGUGCUACAUUUGUUCCAACAAGUUCUGCACCUUCAAAAUGCUCCUCUGCCAUAUGAACAUACACAUAAGGAAUUACGUAUGCACUAUAUGCGACGCUGGCUUCGUUUACGUCAAGCAAUUGAAGAACCACAGCGGAAUCCAUAAGACAGGGUCUUUCAAGUGCGGCCACUGUGAGAAGUCGUUUACGACGCUGCAAAAGUGCCGCUACCACACAGACUACGUGCACAAGCCGAGGUGCGCGAACAAAUGCGGUUUCUGUGGGGAAUCGUUCAGGCUGCAUUCCCAGAAGAAAACACACCAGAGGAAAGAGCAUGGGAUCCUUUCGGAAAAUAGAUGUACGGCGUGCGAUCGUUCGUUUUCCACUCAGCGGAACUAUCGCAUCCAUAUGCAAAGAGACCACCUGAUGGAGAGGCGGCACGGGUGUAAACAGUGCGACAUGAGGUUCUACACCACGUCGCAGUUGAAAGACCAUAUGGUGAAACAUAAUAUCGGUCUUCGCGUGUUUCAAUGCGAUGUAUGUUUGAAGUCUUACGGUAGGAAGACGACGCUCAAAGAGCAUUUGCGGAUCCACGCGGACGAUAGGCGAUAUAAGUGCGAUUUGUGCGGGCAGGCGUUUGUCCAGAAGUGUAGCUGGAGGGGGCAUAUGUCUUCCAAACAUGGGAUAGUACAGCCGAAAGUUUAG